UCUCACUCAGUCUGCCUCACCGGACUACUUUCAUCCACCAAAGAGUUGUUUUUUGAUUUUUUUUGUGACUGAGGCCACAGUCACACAAACGUAGACUGUCAUCAUGGGGAGCGGCAUUUCAUGUGUGCCCCAGCACAACUUCACUUUCUCCAGCAAAAGCUUCAUUCGCAGAAACAGCAGUCGUCUGUUUCGCAAGAAAAACCCCCAAGAGGGCCAGGAGAAGUCCAACAGCAUCAUUAACAUCCUCUGCACUGUCACCCCGAGGAAGGAAAUGUCCCCUAAGGACCUGCAGACCAUCGAGAACAUCAAAUGGGACCCUCCAUUCCCGUAUGACCCAGCCAGCGGUUGGAAGAAGAGCAGCAUCAAUGUGAAGAAUUACGGGCGGCUGAUUCACAGCUCCAAAGUUCGUUUCCGCUUCCUGCACUGCCAGGAUAUACACGACUGUUACCUGGAUCUCUUCCAGACUCACCUUCACUUUGUGUCCAAUAACACCCCUGGACUGACAUACCAGGGAACGCUCCCACUCAAAGAACUUACUAUCUGCAACCUCCAACAGAACAGCAACUACACCCAACCGAUGGAAUAUGCCUUUCAAGUUAACGGUGUCAGCCUGAACCCCAUCAUCGUCUAUUGUGCCAACCAAGAAGAAAUGGACCGAUGGUUUGGACUUCUUAAAGAAAACAUCGAAGCCAACGGCGGCUCCCCGAUUGCACUGGAAAACUACACCAGAGUCAAAGUGAACCAGGAGAAGACUCCUGCAGGAAGAGAGGAGCUACGGAACUCCAUCAACAAAGAGCCCAUCUACGAGUGGGAGGGCUCGCAGCGGGACAGCCUGGGCCCCAUCGCCUACGUCACCAAAGUGCGACUGCAGCACCUGCCCUGUCAGCAACAAAACGACAGACUACUGGUGAUGUACACGUCAACAUUGAUCAUCUUAUCGGAAGAGGAGAACGGGCUCUUCUACAAGGGAAAGCUUCCGCUCAACAUGAUCACAGUGACCACACCCUGCCAAGAUGUCAAGCCCAACACUUUUCUGAUUGAAGGGAAGCUCAUCAACCCCAUAGUGGUGUCUUGUGUGGAUAGGAGCGAGUUCUGCGACUGGAUCCAGAAUUUCAAAGCUGCUGACGUGCCAGUUCUCAGCCCUCCGCCCCCUGUCUAUGACAUCAUCUACACGCCGACUCAGAGAGAGGCGCCACAGUUUGACAGGUGGAGUGGAAGCGGUCAAGGCCACACCGAGCCCCUCAACUUCAGUCAGAGUGGACGCGGAUCACACAGCCGUCAUUUCCCCACUCACGAAGGCAACCCGCUCUCACCAGGAUACUCAGAACCUCUCUGUUACAGCCGACCCUCCUCGACCGAGACCACGUGCCAAGGAAGCAGGACCAGCAGCUUCUCUUCCCACAGCAAGGCCGAGCGUGAGCCACGACCUUUGCCGCUGCGCUACUCGUCCCCCCAGCGGAGCUCCUACCUCCAGGUCGGAGACAGCUCUGCGGGCAUGCUGCAGCUGUACAGCACACCGUACUCUGGCCCGCAUCGCCUCGAGAAAGGCCUGCUUGUCAAGUCAAACAGCUGGAACACUUCUCAGACGUCCCUCGGCUACUCCCUGAGCGCCCUGCAAGGACACUCUGACAUGUGCGCUCCCCGCCAGCCCCUGUCCCCCCUCUAUGAUGAGCCCUGCAGCCCCGAAAUCUUCACCUUGGAUGAAGGCAGGCCUGUGCAGGACAGCUGGCAGGAGCCCACUAAUCUGCACCACCAUGAGCAAAGCUCUCGGGUGGCAUCCUCUUCCUUCAAGCUCUGCACGCCCCCAAUGGGCAGACACAGCCGCAGAAGCCAGGUCCUGAACCACUCGCAGGGACACGCUCUGGAUCUGGAGUUGGAGAGCCCUCAGGGUCAAGUGGAGCGGAGAGCUGAGGCCGUGUCGAGGCUCAAACUCCUGACUGCCCCCUCCAAAGGACAAGAGCAGACACACCUCCGGUCCAGCUAUAGGAUCAACUCUUCUCAGAUGUUUAGUUACUCACCAGAUCUUCAUUCAUACCUCAAACCCACAGAACCGGAUGACCAGGAAAUAGACUAUGACAACAUUUGGGAUCACGAUCGCCAUACUGGAAUGAUUCAGCUAACGUCUGGAAUUCCGACACACCGGACAGGAUUAAACAGCGGGGCCAGAGGCCUUGGUGCCAUGGCGACCGAGCAGAGAUGGUCAUAAAACAAAACAAUUGGCCGACACUCGUCUGGGCAUGUGCAAACAACGGAACUUGAGCAGAGGGAUCGUAAAAGCGCAAGGUUGUGUUGUCCAUUGAGCAUACAGUAGAGUAAGAAGCAUUAAGAUCUAAUGGUGGUGGGGGUCUGAAAAAAAAAAAAAGGGCAGUCUUAAAAAAGGUACGAAAGUAAAAAAUAGAUUUCACCUGUUUGAGAGGAAUGUAGCAUGAUUUGACUACAGAGAUGUUAAUUAUUUGUUUCUUUUAUUGCUUGAGUGAAAAAAAAAAAACAUUCCACUGGGGCUUCUUAAUUAACCAACUGGAUACAUUUUGUAUAAAGCGCAUGAUUUACUAUGUAAAUAGAAACUUCAUUUAAUUGUAAGAGGGUAAUAUCUUACUGUGUCAUUCAAGUGUGGCAUCUUUAUUCGUAUUGUAUUUCUUUGAUGGGCUUAUUUAUAUUUGUGAAAAAAUAAACUGGAAAAGUGAAGCAAAACA